AUGGUGUUGGCGGAGCUAGGAGGGAGCAUCUCCCUUGCUCUCCAGCAGAUGAGCAAUGCGACCGUGAUCGACGAGAAGGUUUUGAACGAGUGCCUCAAUGAGAUCACUCGCGCUCUUCUCCAGUCCGAUGUGCAAUUCAAGCUCGUCCGCGAUAUGCAGACCAAUAUCAAGAAGAUCGUCAAUUUGGAACAUCUCGCUGCUGGUCACAACAAGCGUCGCAUUAUCCAAAACGCCAUUUUCAACGAGCUCUGCAAAAUGCUUGAUCCUGGAAAACCAUCCUUCACUCCCAACAAGGGGAACCCCAGUGUCGUCAUGUUUGUUGGUUUGCAAGGUUCUGGAAAGACUACAACGUGCACGAAGUAUGCUUAUUAUCAUCAGAAAAAGGGAUGGAAGCCUGCCCUGGUGUGCGCGGAUACUUUCCGAGCUGGUGCUUUUGAUCAGUUGAAGCAGAAUGCUACCAAGGCCAAGAUUCCGUUCUACGGAAGCUAUAUGGAGUCUGACCCUGUGAAGAUUGCGGUGGAAGGAGUGGAGACUUUUAAGGAGAAUUGCGAUCUUAUAAUUGUUGAUACUAGUGGGCGUCACAAGCAGGAGGCUGCGCUUUUUGAGGAGAUGCGGCAGGUGGCUGAAGCCACGAAACCAGAUCUUGUUAUAUUUGUUAUGGACAGCAGUAUUGGUCAGGCUGCGUUUGAUCAAGCUCAAGCUUUUAAGCAAAGUGCUGCGGUUGGAGCUGUUAUUGUUACCAAGAUGGAUGGUCAUGCAAAGGGAGGUGGGGCUCUUAGUGCUGUUGCAGCCACAAAGAGUCCUGUUAUAUUUAUUGGAACAGGAGAGCAUAUGGAUGAGUUUCAAGUUUUCGAUGUUAAACCGUUUGUCAGCCGUCUCUUAGGCAUGGGUGACUGGUCUGGGUUUACGGACAAGAUUCAGGAAGUUGUUCCUAAGCUGGACAACCAGCCAGAGCUUCUGCAAAAGCUUUUACAAGGGACCUUCACGCUGAGGAUUAUGUAUGAGCAGUUUCAGAACCUUCUUCAAAUGGGUCCACUUCAGCUUACUUCAAUGCUUCCGGCUGCUGAGUUAAUGCCAAAAGGUAAUGAUAAGGAAAGCCAGGCCAAAUUAAAGCGGUACAUGACCAUAAUGGACUCGAUGACGAAUGAAGAGUUGGACAACACAGAUACAAAAAUCACUACUGAGUCUCGGAUGGUGCGAAUAGCACGAGGUUCUGGUCGUCUAGUAAGAGAAGUGAUGGAAAUGUUUGAAGAGUACAAGCGCCAGGCUAAAAUAUGGAGGAGCGGGAUGAAAGGACUUAAUUUUUCUAAGGGACCGAUGAGUCAACUAAACCGAAGCAUAAAUGCACGGAAAAUGAGCAAAAACCUACCUCCUCAGAUGUUGAAGCAGAUUGGUGGAAUGGGUGGCUUACAGAACUUGAUGAAGCAAAUGGGAAGUUUGGUUUCUGCUAGAGAAACGAUGCUCGGAGGCGGGGACAAAUAG